GAGUAUGACCCACCUGACCGCUCGUUGGCUUACUCUGGACUGACAGCAGGUCUGCCAACUUUUUGUUUCCAAAAGGGCCCCGCAGGCGCGAAACCGAUAACACGCACAGAGGCCAGCGCCUUUAUCCUUCCACGUUUCUGUAAUAUUUAAGAUUGCUGGUCAAGUGACCUCUAGCAAAUGAUUUCAAGGGGCUCGGCGCCCGUUUGCCUUUCGAUUCCUCAAGGUGGUCUAAAAGUGGCCAACGAGGCCCCGCGAGACUAUCAGCAGCUUCUUGAUAUCAGUAAACGGAAUUGCUGGCGCAACCGGCGUCAGUAGGCGAUUUGGGACGCCACCUCCGCUCCGUCUGCUGCAGCCAGAGCAGGCAAAUCGGCUCCAGAGUAUGGCUUAUCUUCUUAUCUGCUGUGAAAAGUAGGGAGGGUCAAAAUGACGAGGGGAGAGCAGAGCGAGGAGCAGGACCUCGUGCCAGUGGCUCCAGAAGUUGAGCACAGGCUGGCGCCUCUGGUUGCGGGUCCGGAGCUGGCAUCGGCCAUGAUAAAAGACACGGUCAAGUAUCUGGGCAUCCAGCCGACCGGAGUCUCGGGGCUGCGCGGGCCUUACCUGCAAGUGCGGCCGGCUGGCGAGGGGGCGUCGGACAUAUUUGUGAUGGGCAGCUGGCGGACGCAUCACAAGCCAGGCGCGGGGCCCAGCGGGGCCGUGCUGGACAGCAUGCAGCGUGCUGACGUUGCGCGACCACCGCAGCUGGUGCAGCUGCACGCAGCUGCGUCGGGCGCGGGCGAAGAUGCGUCCAUGCAGCAGGCUGAGCGGGGUGCUGCUGCAGGCGUUGCCGUGGCUGCGGGCGGUGGCGGGGCGACGGGUGGCGGGAGACCAGAUGCUCCGAAUGGCGCCGGAGCUGGGGCACUGCCGCACCCACCGGCCAUGUCCAAUGGCGGCGUUCGGGGCAUGCACGCUGCCGGCCCCGAUGCUAGCUUCGUCCCGCGCGUCGUCGAGCAUCACGAUGGCGAGGAUUAUAUGCAGCAUGACCACGGCCACGCGGCGCGUGUGAGGAUCAUGGAGCACACGGGCCCGACCUCGCCGAUGGCAACUGAGGCGGGGCGGGGCGCGGCAGCAGCGGGGUCUGUGCACGGCAACGGGCAUGGCGGCUACGGCGCCGGCGGCCAGCGCCGCGACGGCCCGCUGAUUGAAGAGUGUCUUUCUGACACCGAGCCCCCCGCUUCACCCAGCGGCCGCAAGGCGACUGCGUCGCAGCACCAUGACGGCGCGGCGGCGACGGCAGGGGUUGGUGCGGGGUUGCUGGGGCAUGGUGGCGGCGGUUUGACCCCGAUGGACUCUUCGCCGCGCCCGCCCGCAACGGCGGCGCGGCAGCGGCCGCAGCCAAUUGUGCAGCUCGCGGACUCACUGCCCGACCCAGAUCGCAUGAUGGAGGACUCGUGGCCGCAGCAGCACCAGGCAGUGGAGCAGCCCGUGUCGUACCCGGAUGAGAGGCUGGGCCCGGGGCAGCAGCCCCAUCACGUGGAAGAGCCGCGGUCGACGGACGCGCAGGAGGAGCGGCAGGCGGCGAGCGGACACGUGGUGGAGCUGGCAGGCCCGGCACUGCCUGCGGCACACGCGCUGGCCACGGCGGCUGCCGCGGCGGCGGCGGGUACAAGCCGGCACGACGCGGGCGCCAGCCCUCUGACCCACAUGGCGCCGCCGGCCUCGGUAAAGGCAGCGGCGCCGCCGCCCACCGCCAACGGCAUGGUCGGCGCCAGCGGCGCGGGCCCGCUAGUCCUCAGCCCGCGGCCGCGGUCGGAGUGGGAGCUGGACCCCUCCAAAAUCAUUAUCGGGCGCCGCCUGGCAGUCGGCGGCUUCGGCGAGGUGUUUGUGGCCAAGUACGAGGGUACGCUGGUUGCGGUGAAGCGGCUGCUAGCCACCGACUCCGACACAACGCAGCGCUUCAUAGACGAGGUCCACAUGCUGGCGCGCCUGCGCCACCCCAACUUGCUCCUUUUUAUGGGCUACACGCUCACGCCCGAGCCAUCCAUCGUGACGGAGUUCAUGUCGCGCGGAAGCCUGUUCCACAUCCUGCGCCAGGCCGGCGACAAGGUCCCGGAGGCGCGCAUGCAGCGCGUGGUGGCGGUGUCGGUGGCUCGCGGCAUGGCGUACCUGCACUCGCGCUCGCCGCCCAUUCUGCACCUGGACCUGAAGAGCCCCAACGUGCUGGUGGACGACCGCUGGCGUGUCAAGAUCGCGGACUUUGGGCUGUCGCGCGUGCGGCAGCGCACCUACGUGUCGUCAGGCGCCGCGGCGGGGUCGCCGGAGUGGAUGGCGCCCGAGGUGCUGCGCUGCGACCACUAUGCAGAGGCCGCGGACGUGUACAGCUACGGCGUGGUGCUGUGGGAGCUGCUCACCGGCAAGGCGCCCUGGGCCGACCUCAACGCUAUGCAGGUGGUGGGCGCCGUGGGCUUCGCGCGCCGCAGCCUGCCCGACCCCACCGAGGGCGACCCACUGCUGCUGCACCUGUGCAAGGCCUGCCGCGCCUACGAGCCCAGCCAGCGGCCGUCCUUCUCGCAGAUCGUGGAGGCCAUGGACAGCCACUACGGCCCGCACGCCCUGGCCAACGGCGCCAGCGGAGGCCCCCAGGCGGGCGGCGCUGUGGCAGGCCACAACCCCGCCGCGCUGCCGCCCCAGCGCCAGGAGCCGCCGGCUCUCAUGCCGCCGCCCCCGCCGCCGCCGUUGGAGACGGAAGCAGCGGCUGUGCCGAUAGUGCAGGAGACGCACAGCCCCUCGCCGGCGCCGUUGCAGUCGACCGUGCCGCCGCCCGCUGCAUCACCCGCGCCAGUGCCGGGGCAGGCCCAAGCUCAGGCCGGCGGCGCCUCCGCCUCACUCCGCAUUACGCGCCGCCACAGCCUGGCGGCUAGCCCAGUCCCUGCCGCCGCCGCUGCCGUCGCGUCAUCGGCGGCGGCGCCGGCGACGGCGCCCGACGCCGACGGCGCUGCGGGGCCGGCGCGCCAGGACGCGGCGCGUUUCACGUCUGUUCACGACUCGCCGCGCUCGCGGCGGCGAUACCGCAGCCCGCACGGCGAGGACGCAAUGAUGGGCCCGCCGCCCGUCACUGCGCGCCUCAACGACGACCGUAAGACGCCCAGCCCGCGCACCGCGCUGGGCGCCGCCGGCGCCGCGGGGCGGCUCUGGGCCGCGCAUGGCCUGGCGUCUCAGUCCUUCGCGGACAACGACGGCGGGAUGCACCGGCCCCAAGCGGCGGCGGCUGCGGCGGCGGCGGCAGCGACCGCGGGCGCCGUGGCGCCGAGGCACAACGCUGCGCUGACCGCGGCUUCGCCGUUUGCCAAUGCCAGCGCGUCGGGAGCUGCGUCGCAGGCGGCCUCGCCGUCGCCGUUCGCUGCUGCAAACACCGCAGCGGUGGCGGUGGCGGCGCCUGCUGCCGAGCCGCCGGCGCGGCUCCCGGCGUCCGCGUCGCCCUUCGCGGCGGCCGCCGCCGCGGCGGAUGCUCAUGAUGACGGCGCGAAGGCACAGGCGAGCCCACCGGUCAGUGUGGUGGACGUGCGGCAGUUGGCGGCGCCGCCCGCAGUCGCAGUGGAGGCCGGUGCUGGCGCGAGGGCGGGGCCGGAGGCUGCAGGCCCGGCUGUGGCCGUGGCCGUGGACGCAGCGGCACCUGCUGAGGCGUGUGCGCUGGAGGGUCCGGAUAGUAUGGACCUGGGCUCCCCGCGGCCGCGGCUGGUGACGUCGCCGCGCGAGGGCUGGGGCGCGGAGACGCCGAAGGAGGCCGCCCCACAUCCCGCGCAGGGGCCGGAGCUGGCUGCGGCUGCGGCUGCGACCGCACCUGAGGCGGCCGAGGUGCAAGCCAAGGAGGAGGUGCAAGAGCAGCAACCAGCGCAGCAGGCGCAGCUGCAGCAGCAGGAAGAGCGGCGGCCACUGGUGGUGCAGCCGCGGCCGUCGUCUGGCGCGACCGCCCAUUCGCUGAGGCCGCCUCAGCCGCCGGUAGGCUCCGGCGCGCAGGGCAACCCCUCGGUGCUUCGCCAGGUGCUGGCGGGUCGGUACGGCCGGCCGGGGCACCGCCGUGUGGCCAGCGACGAGGUGGGGCAGCUGCAGCGACUGAACGCCGCGCUGGCGAUGGCAGCAGCCGGCGGCGCCGGCGUCACAGGCUUGGGUGGUAGCGGCCCAGGCAGCGCGGCUCCGCCGCAUGGCGCCGCAGCGGCUGCUGCGGCGGCUGCGGCCGCGGCGAUCAUGCAAGUGCACCAGCAGCACCGGCUCCACGCCGCCGCGGCGGCGGCCGCGGCGGCGGCGGCUACGCCCGGCAGCGGGCAGGCGAGCGGCGGCGGCAUCGGGUCCGGCAGCGGCGGCGGCGUUGGCGCGCGGCGCAGUCGUGGCCUGGCACGUAACAGCGCCCCAAUGCGGUACACGUACGGGGGCGCGGGGAGCGUCGGCGCGCCGACUGCGGCUGGCGCGAUGCAGCCCCCCUCUGCGCUGCCGCAGCCGCGCGCGCACCACAGCCACGGCCACUUGCUGCACCAGCAGAUGCGCGCAGCGGCCGCUGCUGCAGCCGCCGCGGCGGCGGCCGCCGCCGCUGCUUCCUCCUCCGCGCCCUCCACCCCGGCCGCGAAUGCCGGCGCCGGCAUGUCCGGGGGUGGCGUGGGCGUCUCCGCGCCCGUGGGCCUCAGCCCGAUGUUCGACGUGACCUCCGCGGCCGCUGCCGCGGCGGCGGCGGCGGCGGCCGCCGCAGGCGGCGGCAGCGCCGCCAGCUCGCUCGACCUGCACGACCUCGCGGGCCUUGCGGCGGCCGCUGCCGCCGCCGGCGAUCGCUGGGCCGCCGGCAGCGCCGACACGCAGUCGGAGCUCAGCUUCGCCUUCAUCCUGGGCGACCGCGGCGACGGCGGCUCCAUCUGCUCCCUAGACACUGCCGAUGACUACCAGGACUACAUGGCCAGUGCCAGUCUGGACCAGUUGCCGCUGCUGGAGGAGGAUGAGCGCAUGGACUCGCAGGAGCCGAUUGAGGAGGAGGGAGAGAUCUCCCUGGACGAGGACGACGAGGCCGCCGAGCCAGGGGCGGGCUCCAAGUCCGGCAGCGGCGGCGGCGCGCAGUCGGAGGGCGGCGGCAGCGCGGCAGAGGGCGAGCGGCCGCACCUGCCGCACUUGCAGCUGCCGCACCUGCAGCAGCAGCUGCAGCAGCAGACAGACGUGGACUUGGACGCGGACUUUGAGCUGCCGAAGCCGCCGCCGGAAGCUGAAGGGCCGGCGGUGGAGCUGAUACCGCGCCCGCCCUCGCCCUUCGUGGCGCCCUCAGCCCAGGUGCCCUGGGGCUCCAGCGCGGCCGGCAACGCCGGUGCCGCGGCGCCCGAAGGCGCCAUCGCUGCCUCGGCGGCUCCGCACCAGCAGCCGCAGCAGCCACAGCAGCCACAGCAGCAGGAGCCGGAGGCGGACUUGUGGGCGGCGCUGCAGCGCGCCCGCAGCUCACGUCAGGACAGCGCGGCCGCGGCGUCGGAGCUACGCCCGGUGGCCAUUGCGCACGCCUCGUCGCACGUGCCGGACCAUCACCAGCAGCAGCAACACCCGCACCAAAGUAGCAGCGGCGCCGUCGCGCCACCUAGCCCUUUUAACACCUAUAGUAACCAACAACAGCAGCAGUCGGCCCCGCAUGGCGGGCAGCAAUUUGCAUUCGCUGGCGACGCUAGCCAGCACCAGCAUUUGCACACGCAGGUUUCGCAUCAGCAGCAGCCGCAGUCGCUGCUGCAGCACGGCACAAAUAAAGGACACGGCCACGCGCACGUCCACUUUGCCCCUCUGCCGGGUGCCCACUCACACGCCGAGCUGCAUGGCUCCCAACAGCAACAGGCGGGCCAUAGCUAUAGCAAUAAUAGCUUCCAGCAACAACAACAGCAUGUGCAUGUCCAUGUGCACAGCGCCGCCGGACGGCCUGCAGAAGGCUCGGCCGCAGCGGCAACGGCAACGGCGGGACCGGACGCGACGGCGGCGGCCGGGCAGCCCAGCCGCACUCUGUCGCGCAACGCCAGCGGCGGCGGCAGCGGCGCUGCCGGCGCUUCGGCCACCACCUAUAGGAGUGGCAGGUUCAAGGUGACCAUUGAGCCGACGGCCGGCGACGCGCCGUCGCACGCGGAGCACGCCGCGUCGCAUGCGCACGCUACCAGCCCGGCGGCGCACUCACACCCACACCAGUAUCCAAUGGUGGGGGCCCGGGCGCAGCCGCAUCAUCAACACGCGCAGCCCGGCACGGGCCCCUCGGCGGCGCAGUCGCCGGCGACACCGCUUUCGUCCAUGAUAGUAGGGAUGCAGGGGCCGCCAUCGCCCGGCAGUGAGGCCGCCUCCCCCACAGGCAUGGCGGCGGCGCAGCCGCGACCCGAUGUGGAUUGGAUUUUCCCGUCCGCCUUUGCCCUGGCGCCCACGGCUGCUGGCGCCGGCGCCGGCGCCGGCGCCUCGCCGGCUUCGGGGCAGCCGCCUCAGAGCCGCACGGCGUCGGGCGAGGUGGCGCACAUGGCUGGGUCCCAUGCAGGCCACAGCCACAGCCAACACCAUCUCCAGCAGCAGCAGCACCAGCAGCCGCCGCCGCUGUCUCCCGCCGGCAGCACCGGCGCGGGGCCGCUGCCGCACGCGCUGUCCGUGGAGGGUGCGGGCGACGCCACUGCCGCGGCGGCGGCGGCUGCAGUUGCUCGCAGCCGCAGCACGCCGCAGCACCACACGGCAGUGGCUGCGGCGGGCAGCCUAGGCACCGCCAGCGCCGGCAGCGCCGGCGGCAGCCCACUCCACCUGGGCGACCAGCACCACCACACCUCCUCCGCCGCAGCGGCGGCGGCGGCGGCGCUCAGCGGCGGCGGGCCGCCAGUGGCGCUCAACAGUGUGACCAUGUACCGCAAGGGCCGCUUCUUCGUGUCCUCGCACUCCGCCGCCGGCACGCACUCGCUGUCCGUCACCAACCCGUUCGCCUCCUCCGCCGCCACGUCAUCACAUGCGGGCGGCGCCGGCCACGGCGGCGGCGGCGAGUACGGCGGCGCGCACGACGACGGCUCGGAAGAGCAUGACGGCGCCAGCGGCCCAGCCUCGCCCAGGCUUGGCGGCGGCCUCGCCGCCCCCGCUGCCGCUGCUGGCGGCGGUGCCGCUCUGUUCCGCCGCGUAUCCAGCCACGCCGGCAGCGACGGCAGCUCGCCAGGCGCGGCCGGCGGCGACGGUGGCGCCGCCGCCGCGGCUGUGGCGGCUGGAGGCGGCAAGAUGUCCUGGGCGGCGGUGGCGGCGCUGCCGCCAUCGCCCGGCGCGGCGGGCUCCUCGCCGUCGCAGCAGGCGCCGCCCAUCAUCGCGGCGGGGCGGCAGUACAGCCGCGGCCGCUUCACGGUCGCGGAAUCCAUUGUAGCCGCGCCGCCGCUGCCGGAGGGCCGCCGGCCGUCCAUGAGCUUCCCCGUCGCCACCGCCAGCGCCGCAGGCGAGUUGCCGUCGGCGCCCUCUGGUGGCCUCGGCGCCAGCGCCACCGCCGGAGCAGGCGCCGACCUGGCCUCCGCGCCGCCGUCAAUGAACGGUGUGGGCAACGGUGUGGGCCCGGCGCCGGCACAGCCGGUGCCGGUGCCGGGCCGCGCGGCCGGGGCCGGGGCUGCCGGUGUGGUGGUGGGCUCGGCGCCGCUGUGGGCGCCUAUGGCCAUGUCUGUGUCGCCGCCGUCGGCCUUCGCGGUGCUGGCGGCGGCCCCGGCCUCCGGCCCCGGCUCCGCACUGCCCUCCCGGACAGGCAGUGGCAUCAUGGGCCCUCCGCCGCCGCCGAUCCUAGCGAGCUCCGUGGGCGGCAUGGGCAUGGGCAGCGGCAGCGGCCUGGGGCUGGGCCCGCCCAGCCCUCAGCAGCCGCAGGUGACGGUGGUCCGCAAGAUGGGGCGCUUCACGGUUCGCGAGAUGGACAGCACCUCCAACGCCUCCAGCCGCGGCCCCAGCAUCAGCGGCGCCGUCAAUGACGCCGCGCCCGGCGGGUCGUUGUUUGUGCCGCCCCCGCCAUCGCUGCCGCCUGGUUCCAGCCCCGCCGGAGCGCCCACCGCCGGAGCGCCUGCGGGACGCUCCGGCCCUUCCACCGCCGCCACGCCCUCUGCGCACGGCGCCGCGGUUGCCUCUGGCGCCGCCGCUGGCGCUGGCGCUGGCGGCCUGAUGAUGCUUGGCUCGCCGCCCGAUCAUGAGGCCAUGUUGCUGAGCAGCCACCACAGCAGCUGCAGCUUUGCCUCGGCUUCCGGCUGCAGCCGCACCAGCUCCGCCUCCGCCUCGCAGGCCCUGGAGGUGGACAUGGGGGCCGCGGCGGGCGCGGCACCAGGAGGAGCAGCGGCGGGAGGUGCGCCGCACCAGCAGCACCAUAGGCAGCUGGAGCGAAGGCCAAGCGGCGGCAGCCCCGCGGCGCACGGAGCCUCCGCUGGAACGUUGUCGCAGCCGCCACUGGCUGGCUCGCCGACGCCCGGCGGCGCAGCAGGUGCGCUGCCCGCUGCGUCCCCGCCGUCGUUGGACGCGACGGCGCCGCGGAACCGCUCCUCUGAGGGCGGCACGCCACCCGGCAGCGCGGCCGGCAUGGACAUGGGCAAGGUGCUCCGGGUGAAGAGCAAGGGCCGCUUCACGGUGAUUGAGCACGAGGUGGCGCCUCCGCCGGCGCUGACGCAGCAACAGCAGCAACAGCAGCAGCCGCAGCAGCCGCAGCAGCCGCAGGAGCAGCAGCAGCACUCGUCGUUGGAGCAGGAGCUGCACGAGCGGCAGUCGCACCUAACGCAGGCGCAGCACGACCAGCUGAUGAUGCUGCCGCCGCGGCAGCAGUCGGUGGGGCCCGCGCACGGCGCGGCUCCGGCGGCCACAGCCCAUCCCGCCCAGGAUGAGCAGCAGCAGCAGCAGCAGCACGGGAUUGGAGCCGCCGCGGCAGCGGGGUUGGUUGAAGCCGGGCGUGACCACGUCGCUGAAGGGCCGGGUGGUCAUGGUGACCCCUUUCCCGCGGUGCUGGAGACUGUGUCUCUGCCGCUGCCGCCCGUGGCACGUGCGGGUAGCCUGCCGCGUGCCCCUAGCGGCAGCGCCGGCGCCGGUGCCAGCGCCACUGACCUUCCAGGGGCGCAGCCGCAUCAGCAGCCGCAACGGCAACGCCUGGCCUCACCACCGCCGCCAGCGCGCCAGGCGCCGACGAUGGCGGCCGCGGCGCGGGGGGCCGCGACAGGGGCGGCAGCGCCGCCGCCGGCGACGUGGGGCCUGUCGGGGCCGCAGGCGCCGGAGACGGCGGCGCAGCUGCACGCGGACAUGGCUCAGAUGGUGCGGGAGCGCAUGCAGCGCAACGCCUCAAUGGGGCACCUGCAGCAGGAGCAGGCAGCGGCAGCGGUGCAGGCGGUGCAGCGGGAGCGGGAGGAGCAGGCCCGUGCGCGGGUUGCGGGAGGUGCGGGAGGCGCGGCGCGGGACGAGGACGAGGAGGAGGAGCAGGGGCGCGGCCGCGGGCAGCGGCCGGAGCAGCAGCCGCAGCCGCAGCAGCAAGGGCCCGGGCGUCGGCGGCCCGGGCGUCGCGGCCAGGUGGGGCCGGGCGGGGAGGAGGAUCGCAACAGAGAGGAUGAGGACGACGAGGAUGGAGCCCCGGGAGGCUCUGGCGGCGGGCGGCGCGCCCGCCGCGGCUUGCGCGCCGGCGGCGCGGGCUCUGGGGCUGGAGGGGCCGGGGCGGAGCGUUGCACCUACGAGGUGUCGUUUGGCGAUGGACUCACGAUUCAGAUCAGUCACGAGCUGCCGGCGGGCGCCGGUGCCGGCGAUGACGACGGCGACGAUGCGGUGAUGUUGGACGUGGGCAUUGUGCAUGGCGGAGGCGAUGAGGAGGAGGAUGACGAGGCGGUGGAGCAGGAGGAGGAGGGCACCGACAGCAGCAGCGAGGGUGAGGAUGCGGAGGAUGGCGGCGAGCAAGGCCCGCUGUUCCCGCCUGGCACGCCAGUGCACGAGGGCACCGUCGUGCACGGCUGGGACGACGGCACCGCGGGGGAUGCCUUUUCACCGCGCCGCCGGGGCUGGCGUGGUCUGUACGGCGCGCGCUCGAGCGACGAGACCGGCGAUGGGGCCGGCGCGGGCGGAGGCACGGGGGCGGGUGAGGGGGAUGAUGCUGACUCAAUGGAGAUGUAGAGGGCUUGGGAGCAGUGGGAGGAGAGCGAGCGGCAGCAGGAAAGGGGUGGGCGGCUUCACGCCAUGCAGUCCAGAUAGACUUUGAGCUUUGAGAAUUCAUUACUGGGUAUGCAGAAAGAGAAGUGACUCGAUUUGUUCGUUUGUGGUAUGAGAGCUGCCCCUCGAUGCUCGGCACGUGCUUUAGUGCAGUGCUCUAGGGCUGUAGUUAAGCUCCAGUUAAGAUCUCGUUGGUGACUCGGUUACCACGAUGGGUGAACUGACAGGGAUUGCUAGAGCAAAGGCAUAGACAGCAAGGAGUGAACUGACCGUGUACGUUUCAAUGGGAUGGUUCCCAGGUUGCGCCGCCGCAUGGAGUACGCGGGUAUGCUGCGCUGGCAAGGGGAGACUUGGCAAUGGCGCGCCGUCCAUGGAGCCGGGUUGGGCGCUCGCACAGAUCGCGCGCGGGUGGUGAUUCGGCGCUUUUACUGGGCUCUUGCCAAUGUUGGGCGGCGGUCGAUGUACGGUAGGUUAGAUCCACGGGCCACACGGAGCGGCCCUUGGCGCGAUGGGCAUCUGCCUCGCACGUAAUCUUUGCCCGCGGCGCCGCAGGCGCAUCGCGGGUAUUCUUUUUGUGUGGAUGCUGAUGGUUUAGGAACAUUAUUAGGCCGCCCCAGGCGUGCGGCCUGGGUACAAUGUGGGGUAUGGCAUGCUGGCUUUUGUGAAGGGAGCAGGUGCCCGAGGAAUUUGGAAUGCGCGAACGGCGGAGCAGUUACAGUUCCGCAACACUCGUCAAUAAGCGGUUAGAGCGGAGCUUGAGGGGAAUCGCCAUGUACGGCGACGCCGCAUGGCGGACCCGGUGCCCCGGUGUGGUGGGCAGUUGGGUCGGUGUGUACGGAUAACGGGCGUGCGCGAUCACCAUUGAAGUCGCGCCCGUGUCGCAAGGAAAAUUGGUGUAAUGCAUCCUCAGC